CGCGCCUCGUCACUCCUCGCUGCGAAGAGAAGGGCAGAGGCCGGGCGGUUCGGCAUCCACUGCCGGCGGCCGGCGCGCCUCCCGAGCGUCAGUCAGAACCGAGCACGCCCGCACUCCUGCUCCCGGUCGGGAGCGGGCCUAGCGUCCCGCCCCCUGCAGACGGCGCUGGCAUCGCAGUAGAUAACGGCUGCUGGACCUCGGCACGUUGACCAGACCUGCGUGGGGUACUGCGCAGGAUUACUGAGAAUUGCGGUGGGCACACGCGCUUCGGAAGAAUUAGAACUUAAAUCUGUGAUUUCGGGCACGAUGGCCCUGAGGCUUUUAGAAGACUGGUGCAGGGGGAUGGAUAUGAACCCUCGGAAAGCGCUAUUGAUUACCGGCAUCCCCCAGACCUGUGGUGUGGCCGAAAUCGAGGAGGCUCUACGGGCUGGUCUGGCUCCUUUGGGGGAGUACAGACUGCUUGGGAGGAUGUUCAGAAGGGAUGAGAACAGGAACGUAGCCUUAAUAGGCCUUACUGAGGAGACAAGUCAUGAUAUGGUUCCUAAGGAGAUACCAGGGAGAGGGGGUGUGUGGAGAGUGAUCUUUAAGCCGCCAGAACCGGAUAAUGAAUUUUUAAGGAAAUUAAAUGAGUUUUUAGAAGAAGAGGGCAUGACAGUGGGUGAGUUGACCAGAGUUCUUGGGUGUGGACAUAACCCUUUUGACCAGGGUAUGAUCCCUGAAAUGCAGGCAGCUAUGUUGACACAGGCAUUAGAUGAGGCUCUUCAGCCUGCCCUCCAAUACCUAAAUUAUAAAAAAUUGAGACUGUUCUCAGGCAGGGAUCCUCCAGAACCAGGGGAAGAAGAAUUUGGAUCAUGGCUGUUUCAUACUACUCAGAUGAUGAAGACAUGGCAGGUGUCUGAUACAGAAAAAAGAAGGCGAUUGAUAGAGAGCCUUCGUGGCCCAGCAUUUGAUAUUAUUCGUAUCCUCAAGAUAAAUAAUCCUUUAAUUAAAGCCCAUGAAUGCCUUCAGGCUCUUGAAACAGUAUUUGGGGUUACUGAUAAUCCUAGGGAAUUGCAGGUCAAAUAUCUAAACACUUACCAGAAGGAUAAAGAAAAGUUGUCUGCUUAUGUACUAAGGCUAGAGCCUUUAUUACAGAAACUGGUACAGAGAGGAGCAAUAGAGAAGGGUGAUGUGAAUCAGGCCCGCCUAGAGCAAAUCAUCGCUGGGGCGAUUCACAGAACAGUUCGCAGACAGCUUGAUCUGCCAGAGGAUGGUCCAGCUCCAGGCUUACUGCAGUUACUGGCACUGAUAAAGGAUAAGGAGGCAGCUGAGGAGGAGGCAGCCUUUCUCCAGAGGGGGUUAGAAGGGCAUUUCACCUGAAUCCCAGGAGAGCAGAGGAAUGUCUGGCAAUAAGCAGAGCAUGGAGGUAGAUGAGUCCACGUACUCCAGUGAUAGACACUAACCAAUCCCCACCUUGGCUGUCAAGUAGUAACUCAUUCUGUUCUCAGUGUAAACCGUUUGUCAUUUCCAUGCCUAUUUAAUAUCUCUUAAAUGUGUCACCCCUGUGAUUUUUAUUGUCAUGUAAAUUGUACAAAAGGUCUAUCUUGUGUACAGUGCUGAGAGGCGGCAUAUGCAAACCAGAUCUCACUGAGAGUUCUGCUUGUUUGGUAGCAGGUGCAAGUGUAGCAUGUCACAUGUGUGCCCUCAGUAGUUUUUAGGUGUGUAUAUUGCCCUGCAUGAUAAAAGAGGAGCAUUGGUUGAGCUCCUUUUAACAAAGAGCUAUGGUUAAGAUAUUAAGUUAUUUUCUGUGCAAAUCACAAAUCAUUGAUUCUGUGCAAUCAAAAGGCAGAGCUGAAUGCUGAGGUUGAUAAGUCUGCAACAGCCAUCUUUAAUGCCAGAUUUCUGAUAUGUGUCAUCAAAGCAUCAAUUGUUCUGAAUAUUGUUUUCAUGAGUGUUAUAAAAGUAUAGGUGUGAAAAUAUAAAGGAAUGCUGAUAAAAUGUCUUUAAUCUUUUUUCUUUGCAUUAAGGUUCUAAAAGAGAUCUCAUGUGAACCAACUGUUCAUAAAGUAUGAAUUUGAAAACCACA